GUUCUUCAAGGUUCUCGGACCCCUGUUCCAUUUUGUGAUAUAUGACGUCAACAGAAAGUUAUCGCAACUGAAGGAGAAGUUGGCGGGGGAGACUCGCCAACACUACGUUGACGUGAGGACCAUGCUGGACUACGAGGUGAAGAUGGGCGUGGCGGGAUGUACUUCACCUCCCUCCGGUGCUGUGUCCUUCCUCCAUCUCCACCGGGGAUUUGAGCUCGCGAGUGACUUCAUAGAGGCACUGCUGGAGGAAGAAGAGGAGCCAUCGCUGGGGCAGGUGGCCUCGACGCUGUACAAGGCAACGGUGGGAAGGUUCCAUCCUCCCAUCCUCUCCACGCCCUUCUCCGCUGUGCUGCUGCUGCUGCCUUGUCGUGCCACCGUCAGGAGGAGGUUAGUUAAAGGGAACCCGGAGCUGGAAGGGGAACUUAAGAAGCUUAUGGCCGAUAGUAUACAAUCAGUGAAAGAGACUUACGCCGCCAGCCAGACCCUGUACCAGGAGCGCGACCUCCUCCUGCUCUACUGACGGAUGUUCCCGCUCUGGACCUUCCUCGCCAGCACUGACCAGCAAUGCUGCCAGAGUCACGUAGGACGGAGGACGCUUUCUUAUGUUCUUAUCAGGAAAAGUUUUGCACGGAAAAACUCGGCGGCGGCAGAAGGGCUUAAAAAAUGGAGCAGUGAGGGGAAAAGUUUAGGGAAGGGAAUGUUUUUAAUAAACCAUAUAUUCUAUA